CUUGGGAAGAACUCCAGAACCCGACUGGAAAAAAACCCGUCCCACAUUGCAGUGCAUUGCAGUGUAUGUACCUGACCUUUGGCGGGGAGCUACCUGGAAGUCAACAGAAGAGAAAUCACACCGCUCGUCGCGACAACAGAACACGCCAUCUUUUUUCUCGCCCGUUUCUUCCGCAGACGAUAAGGAAAUCAAGCUUUCACAAUGGCCACUGCGACAGCAACAAAGGCGAGCGGAGGGGGUGGAAAUGCGGCGUUCAGGGACAAGGAGAAGCCGCUGGCUGUCCGGUCGUCCAACAUCGUCGCCGCGAGAGCCGUUGCCGACGCCAUCAGGACAUCGCUGGGCCCGCGGGGUAUGGACAAGAUGAUUCGGAGUGGCAAGGGCGAAACCAUCAUCACCAACGACGGCAGCACAAUGCUCAAGAGCAUGUCGGUCAUGCACCCCACAGCUAAGAUGCUCGUCCAACUGUCCAACGCCCAAGACGUCGAGGCCGGUGACGGCACAACCUCGGUGGUGGUUAUCUGCGGCAGCCUACUCGGCGCUGCCGACCGGUUACUGUCCAAGGGAAUCCACCCUUCAGUCAUUUCCGAGUCAUUCCAGAGGGCAGCCGCCGCCGCCGUACAGGUCCUUCACGACAUGUCACAACCCAUCGCGCUCACAGACACCGCUGCCCUCCUUCAGGCCGCCAACACUUCCCUCUCCUCCAAGAUCGUUUCCCAAUACUCGAACCUCCUCGGGCCCAUGGCCGUGAACGCAGUCACCAAGACGAUAGAUCUCAAGACGGCGGACAACGUUGACCUCAAGAACAUUCGCAUUGUCAAGAAGGUCGGCGGCACGAUAGAGGACAGUGAGCUGGUCGACGGCCUGGUCCUGACACAGCCCGUGAUCAAGAGCGCGGGAGGGCCGGUGCGGAUGGAGAAGGCCAAGAUCGGUCUGAUCCAGUUCCAGCUGAGCCCGCCCAAGCCCGACAUGGAAAACACCAUUUCGGUUAACGACUACCGGCAAAUGGACAAGAUCGUCAAGGAGGAGCGCAUGUACCUGCUGGAAAUGGUCAAGAAGAUUAAGAAGGCCAAGUGCAACGUCCUCUUUAUCCAAAAGUCGAUUCUCCGCGAUGCCGUCAACGACUUGUCCCUGCACUUCCUCCAACGGCUCGGCAUUCUCGCCGUCAAGGACAUCGAGCGCGACGAGGUCGAGUUCAUCUGCAAGUCGACCGGCUGCAAGCCCAUCGCCGACAUCAACAGCUUCACCGAGGACAAGCUCGGCAGCGCCGACCUGGUCGAGGAGGUCCAGAGCGCCGGCAGCCGCAUGGUCAAGGUGACGGGCACCAAGUCGGCGGGCAAGACCGUCUCGGUCGUGGUCCGCGGCGCCAACAGCCUGAUCCUGGACGAGGCGGAGCGGUCGCUGCACGACGCGCUCUGCGUGGUGCGCUGCCUGGUCAAGAAGAAGGCGCUCAUCGCGGGCGGUGGCGCGGCCGAGAUCGAGAUCGCCUCGCAGCUCAGCAAGCAGGCCCGCGCGCUGACGGGCACCGAGGCCAUCUGCUGGAAGGCGUUCGCCGACGCCAUGGAGGUAAUACCCACCACGCUGGCCGAGAACGCCGGCCUCAACAGCAUCAAGGUCGUCACCGAACUGCGCCACCGCCACGAGCUGGGCGAGAAGAACGCCGGCGUCAGCAUCAAGAGCGGCGGCAUCAGCGCCAACAUUGCCAAGGAGAACGUGCUGCAGCCGUUGCUGGUCAGCACGAGCGCCAUCGAGCUGGCCGCCGAGACGGUCAAGAUGAUUCUGCGCAUUGAUGAUAUCGCGCUGAGCAGAUAGAUAGAUUAUAAUCGAAUGAGACGAGACGAGGGCUUAGUUUCUGGAUGGCAAUCGGUCUGCAUGUCAACGGACAAGGAAUGGCAGGGCAAAUAAAUAGUUGUGCAUGACCGAACCAAGGACUCGCUCUUGUAGGAAAAACCUAGUCCAUGAACUCGCCAGCAAGGUUGGGUUUCUUGUAGCUGUAUUACGACAAGCCUGCCUUACAGGCUGUACCCGAACUCGGCUUCAGCAGCUUUCCCCAGCUCGAUUUAGGAGCUAUUAGACGCAGGGCACACACAGAAGGGAACUUGACGGCCAUGCUUC